AUGCAGGCGUUUCUUCCUGCCCCCUUGUGCUGCACGGAUCUGCUUCCGGCAGUUACAGUGGAAGAGAUUUUGGAUCUGAGCUUGGCUGCGACCGAUGUGCAGAGUUUGUGUGCAGGGCACGCUGCUAAUCUUGCAGUGUACAAGCAGACCAUAUCUCAGUGCAUUGAAGAGCAUCGUGUCCAAGGCAAGCCGCUGCCCUUGAACACGGUUGUUGUGGAGCUCGACCGAAACCCCUUGAAAGGUUUCGGCGGGAAGUGGAGUUGGGGGCAAGAUCCCAUCACUGAGGACUACGGGGUUAUGCAACUGCACAGGUGGCUUAGCAUCGCUGAGCGGUACAGCUUUCUGGGGCAGCGUGCAAGCCACGCGGCCUUGUUCUCGAGAGACAUCCAUGCCCUGCAUGCGAUCGGGAACGCUUUCUUGCCAGUGCAGCUGGCCGCUGUUGCCUUGCCGCUCGUGGAGGCAGCGGUCAGCUCUGGCGUGCUUACUGCAGGCAACCGUUGCAAAGCCUGCGCAGUGGAGCUUCUGCCGCACACGAAGCCACCGGGUACAUCAGCCAAAAGUGUUCGAAAGCCAAGGGCUCCAACUGAAGAGGAAGCUCCAAAGACUCUGCCUCGUGACACCAGCACAAAGCCAGAGGCUUCAGCUGAAGAGGAAGCCCCAAAGACUCUGCCUCGUGACACCAGCACAAAGCCGGAGGCUUCAGCUGAAGAGGAAGCCCCAAAGACUCUGCCUCGUGACACCAGCGCAGCUGGUUUAGAUGGCACCCACGACUUACCAAGUUACCAGCCAGAAGGCAGCACCCAGGACUUACCACGUCACCAGUCCGAUGACUUGGAGCUAGAGCUUGAGCGAAUGGUUGACGAGCUUUUUUCGGAUGAUGAUCCGGGCAUGGACGUUGAUGAUGCUGUGCCACAGAGUCCACUCGUCCUGAGUGAGAAAACAACACACCUCUUCGAGUGCUUGGCUAAAGCCAAAGCUUCAUCCAAAAACUGGCUCUCGCAAGCAAGCAAGAGCUCCAAGAACGAAUCUGAGCCAGCACAAAGCUCCGGAAGCACGGUUGGCGACAGACGGAGGCGUUCUACUAGCUCAGGGCGAGACAUGCCAGAGAAUGCUCAGCGCAAGCUGCGUUUCCCACCUCAGAACCUGCCAAAAGAAGCGAUCCACCUCUCGGAUUCCGACUAG